CUUUGUUUACAGCAGAAACCUGUGGUCGCUUCGGCCCCUUUUAUCGAUACAUCGUAUCUCAGCGGUUCAGUCCAGUAUUAUAAGUUUUUGUCAUUGUGUUGCAUAUCAUAAAUAAGCAGUCAUGGUGGCUAUGACGAAAAGAGUAAAAACCUUUCAAAUUGUCUUUACGGAUCCCAGCAAGACUUUUUACUGCGGCGGGGACAAGGUGUGUGGACGGAUAGAAGUGGAAGUGAACGAGGUGACGCGUGUGUCCGCGGUAAAGGUUCUGGGUCUGGGCUGCGCCAAAGUGGAGUACGCUAAAGGCAAGCAGCGCUGCCGUCAGGAGGCCGAGUACCUCCGCUACGAGGAAGUGCUACGGCUGGACCAACAGCCCACAGACUCUGAUGGAUCUGUGGUCUUGAGGCCUGGCAACAAAUAUGAGUACACAUUUGGAUUUGAGCUGCCCCAGCAAGGGCAGCUGGUGUCAUCAUACAAGGGGAAGUUUGGUUAUGUCCAGUACUAUGUGAAGGCUCUAAUGGAGAGGCCACAACAGCCCCCCCUUGAGUGCAAGAAACCCUUUGAGGUGGAGGAGCCUCUGGAUGUCAACACCCCAGACCUGCUGUCCCCCACAGGUGGCAUGAAGGAGAAGAAAGUCACCUGCAUGUUCAUCCCUGAUGGCCAGGUGUCACUCAAUGCAAAAAUUGACCGCCGUGGUUUCUGUGAAGGCGAAGACAUCUGCAUCAAUGCAAAGUUUGAGAAUACCUGCUCCCGCAUUGUGGUACCUAAGGCUGCCAUCAUCGCCAAACACACUUACCAGGCCAACGGGCGCACUAAGGUCUUCCGCCAGAAGCUGUCCUCGGUGCGUGGAAACCACAUCAUCUCCGGCAUGUGUGACGCCUGGCAGGGAAAAUCCAUCAGGGUGCCAAAGAUCAAACCAUCCAUGCUGGGCUGCAACAUCAUCCGUGUAGAGUACGCUCUGAUGAUUUACGUCCACAUCCCUGGUAGUGAGAAGCUGAUCCUGGAGCUGCCUCUGGUCAUUGGGACCGCCGGUCUGGGCAGCCGCAGCAACAGCGUGAGCAGCCAGGAGGGUUCGGUCAGCAACGCCUCCCAGAGCUGGGUGUCCCUCAGGAUGCCCUCUGAUCCUCCCAGCUACUGUGACAUCACCCGAGACUGCCGCCUGGACCAACCCCUCACGCCGCUCCUGGACGACUUCGAUGGUGACGACAGCCCAAUCUUCAUGAACGCCUCAGCCUUCCCGUUCCCGCCACCUCCAGUAUACGCUGAGGUUGAGGAGGAGUACAAUGGCAAUGCCCGUAUGCUGCCAGUCUGCUGAAGUCUAUCAGGGAUUCUAGAACUGUGGUCCAGCUCUCAGAGACUGUUCUUCUAAGGCACUAUAAAAGGAGCAGAAGGUCCAAACUCCAGAGGAGUGUGAGAUGGAGAAGUAAAGCCAGGGUUGUGGAGAUGGACAGAAGGACCCCUCCCCUGUUCUGUCAGCUCUCUUUACUGUGCUUCAUCACCUAUGCUGAUUCUGAGUCUUCCGCUGGUGCUCUUCAGGUCGUGGACCUGGAGGUCCAGUUGCAGAGUCUGUGGUGCGCUGUAUUUCUAAAGAAGCUGUCCCUUCCAGAGACUCACUGUCCAUUUACAGCUACUUUAUGACUUUGUUGCUGGGGCCAAGCAUUGUAUGAGUCAGCCCCCAGCCUGCUGCCACAGCUUUAUUUUUUGGGGGUUUGUCUUUUCCUCAUGAUGCUUUGUCAUUCCAAUCAAACCCUGUAUCUUUAAGGGGUUUUGAAAGAGGAACCAUCCUUUUUGUUUAGUGCAGUCAGUUUGUGUUGCUGUAAAGAAUUUAUCAGGAAUAUUGUUUGAUUUAAGAAUCACAGCAUGUAGAAUAAUCUUUGAAAGAAAUGAUUUUUAUUCCUGUAUUUUAUUGCACUUUCGAUCGAUGCGUUUUUCUCUUCUACUGCCUCCAAGAGCUUUUGUUUAACAUGUUUUGUUUGAACAAUGUUUGUGAAGUGGAGAAUGAAAACUUUCUAGGUAGAACACUCACAUUUAAUUUCCAAAUCCAAGGCAAAAUUUGCGCUAAACAUGAUCCAUACAACUUACCCACUCCAAUAUCAUGGAACGCACCGUAUGUGAGGAUAAUCAUUGUGUCUGAUCUGCAGUUGUCCUGGAUAACAUUCACUGUGAGAUCUCCACUGGGGUGGUUUCAAAACUUUGUUCUUCCAGGGCACAAUAUCACUGUUAAAGAUUGAUUUGUGAGAAAGUAUGUUUGCAAUGCAUACUUGAUACUUGUAUAAGUAUUUUUUUGUAUGAAACCCUAUGGGUUAGUUUUUUUAUUAAAGAAAUUGUAAAAUAUC